CGGGGGGUGUUUGGGCCCACGGCGGUUCCCGCUCCCGCCAGAGGUCACUUCCGGCGCCGGGGCUGAGCUGGAGCGAGCCCGCGUGAAACCGGCGUCGUUCUGGGGAAGUUUGGUGGCGGCUGCUGCAGCGGCAGUAGUGGGCCAACAUGUCAAACAUAAUCCAAGAAACUUCUACAGCUGGAACUUCUUGUUCUGAAGAUGCUGAUACUAAGCUAUCCUUCCUACCUGAAAAACUAAGGGAAAGAUUGCUUCCUUUUCAGAAGAAAGGCAUUCUGUUUGCACUUCAGAGAAGCGGCAGGUGUAUGAUAGCUGAUGAGAUGGGACUGGGGAAGACAAUCCAAGCAAUUGCCAUUUCCUACUACUAUAAAAAGGAAUGGCCUCUCUUAAUAGUAGUCCCUUCAUCUCUGAAGUACCCUUGGAUUGAUGAGAUGGAAAAAUGGAUUCCAGAACUCUGUCCAGAUGAUAUCAGCAUCAUUCAGAACAAAACUGACAUUGGGAGAAUAUCGACCAGCAAAGUGACAGUUUUGGGUUAUGGCCUACUAGCUACAGAUGCACAGACUUUAGUAGACACUUUGUACAAACAAAACUUUAAGAUAGUUUUGGUUGAUGAGUCUCACUAUAUGAAAUCCAGGAAUGCAACCCGCAGCAAGAUUUUAUUGCCAAUUGUGCAGAAUGCUGCACGAGCAAUUCUUCUUACUGGAACUCCUGCUCUAGGAAGACCUGAAGAGCUUUUCAUGCAGAUUGAGGCACUUUUUCCAAGAAGAUUUGGAACCUGGAAUGAAUAUGCAAAAAAAUACUGCAAUGCUCAUGUCAGGUUUUUUGGUAAAAGAACUCUAUGGGACUGCAGAGGGGCUUCCAACUUAGAUGAAUUACAUCAGUUGUUAAGUAACAUAAUGAUCAGACGCUUGAAGAAUGAAGUUCUAACCCAGUUGCCUCCCAAAAUUAGACAACGUAUUCCAUUUGAUCUCCCAAAAGCUGCGGCUAAGGAACUGAAUACCAGCUUUGAAGAGUGGGAAAAAUUAAUGAGGGCUCCAAAUUCAGAUGUCGCUGAAAGCCACUUUGUUCAAGUCAUGGGUCUGAUUACACGCAUGUAUAAACAAACUGCCAUUGCCAAGGCAGGAGCAGUAAAGGACUAUAUCAAAAUGAUGCUUGAGAAUGACAAACUUAAAUUUCUGGUUUUUGCUCACCACUUAAGCAUGCUCCAAGCUUGUACAGAGGCAGCCAUAGAAAACAAGGCACGUUACAUUCGGAUAGAUGGAAGUGUUCCUUCAGUAGAAAGAAUCCAUCUUGUCCAUCAGUUUCAGAAGGAUCCUGAUACUCGUGUGGCCAUCCUGAGCAUUCAGGCUGCUGGUCAGGGUUUAACUUUUACUGCUGCCACUCACGUUGUGUUUGCUGAGUUAUACUGGGACCCUGGACACAUGAAGCAAGCAGAAGACAGAGCACAUCGAAUUGGACAAUGCAGUUCUGUAAAUAUCCACUACCUUAUUGCAAAAGGAACUUUGGAUCCUCUUAUGUGGGCAAUGUUGAAUCGCAAGGCCAAAGUUACAGGCAGCACGCUGAAUGGGAAGAAGGAGAAAUUGCAGGCUGAAGAAGGUGAUAAGGAGAAGUGGGAUUUCUUGAGUUUUGCUGAAGCCUGGACCCCGAACGAAAGUCUUGAAGAGGUCAAGAAUGAAGUUUUAUUCACUCACUUUGAAAAAGAAAAACAACAUGACAUUCGUGCCUUCUUUUCACCAAAACCAUCUGCUGAGAAAAAACGCAAAAUUGAUUCUUGGGAUAAAUCACUGAACUUUACUUCAGGAGAUUCUAAAGUCACACCGGGAAAGGACAUAGAGGAGGGCAGCAGGCAUUUGGACGCCAGAGAAAUAAUUGAUGUGGAUGCAAUUUGUUAUGAAAAUGGCUGUGAGCCUGAAGCUAAAAGACCAAGAGCUAUAAGUACACCCACCCAAAGCAGCUCCAGUGAGAAAAAGAGAAAAAUUUUGCCUGGAAAAACAAACACUUUGUUAACCAAGGAAACUGAUCAUGGUCUUUCUGGUGGCUCUCUGUCUAAUUCAAGGAAAAAAUCACCUUUAGCCAAAGUCUGGUGUUGUAGUCUUUGCACUUACACUAAUAAUUCGUUAUUACCUUAUUGUGAAAUCUGUGAAUGUCCUCGUGGUAGUGAUGAUAAACAGAAUACAAAUCAAAUGAAUGAUCCUCCCUCUACUCUGAGUGAAGAAGAAAAUGCAUCACAGGACUCUAGAAAAAUCAAAGGUAUAGCAAUAUGCAAUGCAGACAAUGAGAGAAAGGACUUAGUACAAACAGCGACUGAAUCAUCUGAUGAGACUGGGGGAGAAGUAGCUAAUGCUGUUGAAAAUGGAUCUGAAGAAUGUGAGCAAAAGCCUCAAGAAGGAUGUGUUGAUAAUUCAGAUACUUUUCCAGUGUAUGAUGUUCUGAACUUCUGUGCAAGUAGGAAUACUGAUAGAAUUCACCUCUAUACAAAGGAUGGAAAAUCACUGAACUGUAAUUUUAUUCCAUUGGAUAUAAAAUUGGAUAAUUGGGAGGAUUUACCAGAGAGUUUUCAGCAAAAACAAAAUCGUUCAUUGAUUCUGAGGUUUGUGAGAGAAUGGAGUAGUCUAACAGCCAUGAAGCAAAAAAUUAUCAGAAAAAGCGGCCACACUUUUUGUAGCCCUAUUCUUGCUGCAGAAGAGAUUUCUAAACAGCAGGCCAGGCUGAGCAGCACCAAAAGGUAUGUGACAAAAGAGGAUGUUGCUGUAGCCUCACUCAGCAAAGCUAACAGCAGUGGGGGCAGCGUAUGCUUGGUCACAAAGGAAGCUGCCUUUUACUUGAAAAACGAAGGUACUUCUGCUGGAAAAACAGAUGGCCAUUCCACAAAGUUACUUUUAAAAGACGGAAAAGUUUCCCCUGUUCUUAAUGCAGAUUCAGUUCAGGCUGAAGUUGUUGAAGAUCCUGCCAUAUACAAAGGAUAUUUACAGGCUGUAGAUAAUAAAGGAAAUCCACUUUGUCUUAGCUGCCAACAACCAACAGUUCAUCUCGACCAAGAUUGCAAAUCUAUUGCUUGGGAAACACGAUUUUGUUCUCUUAAAUGCCAGGAAGACUUCUUAAUUCGCUCUAGUCAGAGUUACCUGAGGAGUAAAGUAUUUGAAGUCGAACAUGGUGUUUGUCAGCUUUGCAAUCUCAAUGCCCAGGAACUCUACCUUAGCAUCAAAAAUGCACCUAAGAAUCAACGUAAGAAUCUUCUGGAGAGUUCUUGGAUGUCUCAGCUUCCAUUAGGACAGUUAAAUGAAAUUAUAACAAACCCAGCAGAAGGCCAGUUCUGGCAGGUGGAUCAUAUCAAACCAGUUUAUAGUGGAGGAGGACAGUGCUCUCUGGAAAAUCUUCAGACUCUAUGUACAGUUUGUCAUAAGGAGAGAACUGCUAAACAAGCCAAGGAAAGAAGCCAGAUGAAAAGACGUUCUUUAGCUUCAAAAUAUGGAUCUGAUAUCACAAAAUUUUUUGUAAAGAUGUUUCUGUGAGAGACUUUUUGUGUAAAUGAGGAAUGCAUGCAUCAGGAAAAGAUAAGAUAUGAAAGCUAUCACAAAUGUCCAGAUGGUCAAGAAAAAGUGAGAGACUUGGAAAUACCAGGAGAACAUCAGAAAAUACCCAUUGUAUCUGAGGCUAAACAUGUUAGCAGCAUUGACGACCUCAGAGGUGAGGCAGGCACCCCCCGAAGACGAGACAACAAAUAGGAGAUAAUGAUGGGAAGCCCGACAAUAACCAUCAAAUGAUAACAGCAGAAAAC